GCCGUGUUUGUUGGAGCGCUUGUAUUGGUCAGCUUCGGAACCAGGGGCGGGACUGAUAUCCCAGAAGGAGCGGCGGCCACUGCGGAGCCGGUGUGAGGCUGCUGAACCGGAUCGCGGGCCACUACAGAGCGCGGCGAGAUGGAGGUGACGGGGAUCUCGGCGCCCACGGUGACGGUUUUCAUCAGCAGCUCUCUCAACAGCUUCCGCUCAGAGAAGCGGUACAGUCGUAGCCUGACCAUCGCAGAGUUCAAGUGUAAACUCGAACUGGUGGUGGGCAGUCCUGCUUCCUGCAUGGAACUGGAGCUGUAUGGCGCCGACGACAAGUUCUACAGCAAGUUGGAUCAAGAGGAUGCAUUGCUGGGCUCCUAUCCUGUAGAUGAUGGCUGCCGCAUCCAUGUCGUUGACCACAGUGGCGUCCGGCUUGGAGAAUAUGAGGAUGUGUCCAAGGUGGAGAAAUUCGAAAUCUCAUCGGAAGCUUAUGACCGGAGGCAAAACACAGUUCGGUCCUUCAUGAAGCGCAGCAAGGUAGGCCCAUACAAUGAAGAACUUCGGGCGCAGCGAGAGGCUGAAGCUGCCCAGCGCCUCAGCGAGGAGAAGGCCCAAGCCAGUGCCAUCUCUGUGGGUAGCCGUUGUGAGGUGCAGGCACCUGGCCAGUCCCUUCGCCGAGGCACUGUCAUGUAUGUAGGACUCACAGAUUUCAAGCCAGGCUACUGGGUUGGCGUCCGGUAUGAUGAGCCCUUAGGGAAGAACGAUGGCAGUGUGAAUGGGAAACGCUACUUUGAAUGCCAGCCCAAGUACGGUGCCUUUGUCAAGCCGUCUCUUGUCACUGUGGGAGACUUCCCCGAGGAGGACUACGGGUUGGACGAGAUGUGACACGGAAGGACGUGGUCCCCUGCUGCAGCCCUGACAGGGCCCCUCUGUCCGCCUGUGACCCUUUCCUCCCCUGUUUAAUAUUAUUCACUUCUGUCUGCUGUUGACUUUUGAGAUUUGUGCAUUAAAUUAAUGAGAACCCAG